AUUCUAACCACAUGUUGAAAAUGUCAUAUUUUCGAUUUUCCCGAUAGUCCAAUGUUCAACGUGGAAAUUCGAAUACAAUACCUGGAUUCUCCCACUAAAUCAAUAGUUUAAAAUGAAUUGAAUACAAUGUGUUUUCAAUGAGAUUUGCCCAUACGCUAUCAGGAUUUGAGAUUGGAACUGAAAAUUUCUGGUUUGCGAUUGAAAAUUCCUAAUCGAAAUGGGAUUUUCCAAAAUUGAAAAAUUGAAAAGUCCAGAAUUAGUUGCUUCUAUUCAACAUUAUUUUGGCGUUAAGAAUAUCAAUAGUCUUCAAAACAAUUCAGAAUGUAGUAAAACAAAGGGUGAAAAACAUGACUUCAAAGGAUAUAUUGUGACAAACAAAUUUUGGUACUGGUUAUUUAUUAUUGGAACUGGACUCGGAGAUGAAGCUUUUUACGCUUUAUUUAUUCCAUUUUGGUUUUGGAAUAUUGAUGGAGCUGUUGGAAGAAGGGUAGUUCUUGUUUGGGGAAUCGUGAUGUAUAUAGGACAAGGAAUCAAAGACAUCGUUCAGUGGCCUAGACCUGGCGCCCCAGUUUUCAGACUACAUAACAAAUGGGCAUUAGAAUAUGGUAUGCCUUCCACACAUGCUAUGGUUGGAGUGUCUAUUCCAUUUUCCGUCAUUCUAUAUACAAUGAACCGAUAUCUAUAUAAUCUGCCCUUUAGUAUUCUUUUUGCUGUUUGCUGGUGUACCAUUAUUUGUCUCAGCAGAUUGUACUUAGGAAUGCAUACUGUCUUAGAUAUCAUAGUGGGACUUUUGUUAACUAUACUUCUCAUGAUUCCAUUAGUCCCAUUAGUUGACCAUUUGGACCACUACUUAAUGACAAACACUACCUCUCCUUUUUUGCUAUUGGUUUCAUCGAUUGUUAUUAUAGUAUACUAUCCUAAUAGUGGAAAAUGGACUCCAACAAGGGGUGAUACAACAAUGGUUUUAUCUGUAUGUGUGGGCAUCUUAACUGGAUCAUGGCUGAAUUACCAGACAGGAGAAUUAACACCUUCCGACCUAAAACCACCUUAUCCUAUUAUGUGGCCAUCCUCCAUUAUGUUUGGAUGCCUCAUUCUAAGAAGUAUUUUAGGCUUCACUUGUAUUGGUCUGCUGAAAGCUCUAUCUGAGAAUAUUUUCUAUAGCUGCAUGUGUGCCCUUUUAAGACAAGAUGAGGCAAAUUUGAAACAAUCUGAACAUUCCUUAGAAAACAAGCAUAAAACAAUUGUUGAAUUAGCCACUAAAUAUUUAACAUGCUCAUUCAUCGGGUUCUGUAUCACUUAUAGUUUGCCUCAACUUUUCAAGUACCUGAGAAUUGAGCGACCUAAUUUUUUCACAGAAAUUUGAAAUACUCCUAAGUGAAAAAAAAAUUUUUUUUGCAAGAAUAUGGUAUUGGUUCAUUUUUUGAACAUAUACCUAAUGUGAUAUGAAACAAAGUUUAUCGCUGAGUAUUCGAUACGUACAUCAAAUGACCUUUUAUAUGCAAUGUGCCAUAUCAACCGAACAAUUAUACACAAAAAAGAUGCUACUGCUGUUUUUAAUCAGAAAGCAUUACAUUUUGAGCGCAUACCUGAUGUAGAAAUUGUCUAAUUAUUAGGUAUCUCAUACUGUAUAUUUAAGCAGAGGCUUUACAUGAUAUAUUGAUGGCCUGCAACUAUAAACAUUAAUUUGGGACCUCUUGAAUUUAUUGCAACUCUGAACUUUCUCAUGAAUGAGCUAUUGAAAAUUCUAGUCACUUUAAUUCCAAAUGUUUCAUUGUUUUUGAUUUUAUGUGCUAAACUAUUUUUCAUGAAAUUCAGAAACCUAUACUGUUUCUGUUCUUUUCAUUUGUAACAAAACGGAAGUUAGUGUUGCAAAAUUAAGAGAUAAAAUGUUUUAUAUCGACGACUUUGUCAUAAACACAUUAGAGAAAAUUUCAUUUCAAGAACAGUAAUUCAAGAAUGUAAUUAUAUAUAAAGAUUGUUCCACAUUUUGCAUCAAUUGGCAAAAUUCUGAAGGUAAGAAGGAUAUCCUUUUAUUUAUUAUUGUUGAUUAAAAAAAAUGAUGUUUUCAUUUUGAGCUAUUAUUUUAUAUUAAAUAUGUUAUUUAUUACGUAAAAAUAUACCAAAUUCAAAAAUAUUUUAGGAUUUAUGUUUUAAGAGGGUGUAGAUGGGGGAUUUAAUAUUUAUUAAAAAUUAUUUUACUUUUCAUAUGAAGCAUUGUUUGGAAAAUAACUGGAAACUCGAAGACCAUUCUUAUUUUUCCCUGGAAAAAAUUGAAACUUUUAUAUCCCCACUAAUUAAAAUUUUAAAUAGUCACAUAGACACUGUAGAAUUUUCAUAUCAUGUAUCGAAUGAAAAAUUAGACUUUUGAGUUUACUCCCAGUGUUUCCUCAUAGAAUGAAAAUUUUUACAGUUCAAUUUUAUUGUUUUUCCAAAUAUUAUCCUAUAUGUGAAGGAAAACUCUGAAUACCCUUAUUGUGAGACCAAAAAUGAUUAAAAAGUAUUACAAUCUUG